AUGACGGUCCAUCCAGCCAAAACAGAAGCCAUGCUCAUUAAACGCGGAACUUUCGUAGGUCCUCUACCACCAGUACAGUUAAAUGGCAGUUUAGUGAAGUGGGUAAGGAAGUCAAAAUCUCUAGGAGUGACUUUGGACAAUAAGCUGAAAUGGAAUGAACACACAGAAAAUGUCAAACUUGCAUUCGCCAGGAAAUUAAAUUUGUUAAAAUCAAUGGGUUUCCUUCCAAAAAAUAUGCUGGAAGAUUUUUACCGGAAAGUAAUCUUUCCAUCCAUAACAUACUGCAUUCUUGUUUGGGGAAACUGUGGUAAAACACAUUCCAAAGCCUUGGAAAGGUUGCACACAAGAGCCGCACGUAUAAUCUACAGGUUGAUUUGGGACAUACCAAGCCAAGAAGUGAUACAUAAAACUGGCUGGAAAACACUGAGCAGUACGUAUAAGCAAAGAGUAUUAAGCACUGUCCACAAAUGUUGUUACGGUGAGGCACCAGACCAACUCUGUCAGAAUAUAAUUACAAAGAAAGAUAAUAACAAUUUAAGAGGAUCAGAAAAGUUGGUCAUUCCAAGACCAGAAAUCAACUUCCUGCAUAAGUCAGUAAAAUUUAGGGGAGCAGUAUUGUGGAACAAACUACCGACCAAUCUUAGAAACGAGGAACGACAUAAUAAUUUUAAAAUGUUGAUACGGCAACACGAUCUUGAGGCAAUGGAUUUUACCUCCUAUACAAACACUAAUGAUCUGAACUAUAUCUAUUUUCAACUUUUCUAG